UCAACGUCAUUCAUAGAAACUGAAUAGUGUGGAUUCUACCACCCAAUACCGGUUAUAAAGAACUAAAGACGAUUCCCGGUUACUGAGACAAAAUACUGCGAUUUAUUUAAUCAACAAUCUUCUGAAAUUCUUUUUAUUUAUUAAAGAAAACCGUUCCGUUAACUUGCUGAUAUUUCGAGGACUCAAGACAUCUAAUCUUCAGAAUGUUUCCUGACACUAGCACCGGGUAUGGGUAUGAGGACUGCAAGGCCACGGCUGAAUGGCUCCUGGCCCAGACCUCGGUCCGCCCCCUGGUGGGCAUCGUGUGCGGUUCAGGCAUGGGGGGCCUGGCUGACAUGCUGAAGGACCAGGUGGCCUUCAACUACAAGGACAUCCCCAACUUCCCCCAGAGCACAGUGCACGGCCACGCUGGCCGCCUGGUGUUCGGGACCCUGAAGGGGAGGCCGUGCGUGUGCAUGCAGGGGCGCUUCCAUCUGUACGAGGGGUACCCCAUCCACAAGAUCACCCUGCCCAUGCGCAUCUUCAAGCUGCUGGGCGUGGACACGGUCAUGCUGACCAACGCGGCCGGAGGCCUCAACCAGGACUACAAGGUGGGCGACGUCAUGAUCAUCAAAGACCACCUCAACAUGCCCGGCUUCGCCGGCAACAACCCGCUGACCGGACCCAACGACGACAGGUUCGGGGUGAGGUUCCCCUGUAUGUCGGACGCCUACGACCGGGAGCUGCAGCAGCUGGCCAUGGACGUGGGCCAGGAGCUGGGCUACGGGGACUUCCUGAGGGAGGGGGUCUACUGCGUGCUGGGGGGGCCCUCCUUCGAGACCGUCGCAGAGUGCCGCAUGCUCCACAAGCUGGGGGCAGACGCCGUCGGCAUGAGCACGGUGCACGAGGUGAUCGUGGCGCGGCACUGCGGCAUGCGCGUGUUCGCCCUGUCCCUCAUCACCAACCAGGCGGUGAUGGACUACGACAGCGAGGAGAAGGCCAACCACGAGGAGGUGCUGGAGACAGGCCAGCAGCGCGCCGAGCAGCUGGAGAGGCUGGUGUCCACCAUGGUCACCCGCCUCGAGCACAACAACAACUACGUCUGAGCCCCCCCCCCCCCCCCCGGACCUAGAGAGGAGGUUGACCUGUGACCCCUUGACCCCUGUUCCCUGGGGGGUGAGGGGGUGUGUGGGGGGGGGCGUCACGUCAACUCUCAACCUUCUCAGAUCGCCCGAGCCUUCCCUCAGGACGCCAGAACUGCCCCGGACAGAUUUGCCCCCCCCCCUCCCCUCGUUUAUUUCUGAGAUGGUUCUCAAAGCCAGUUUGCUAGUUACACAUGUUGUCCGUUUGUUUAUUUUAAGUAUUAUUUAAAAUAUUUGUUUUGAUAGAUGUACCUUUGAGGUGAAAGUUCCUAGCUAACCUUGAUGGUAGCUUACUGGCCCUCUGAAAGCAGACUAGGUUGAAAAAAAUUACAAAGCUAUUCUGAGUUAUCCUCACUUGCGCCAAGUUGCGACUGGACAAAGCCGAACUAUGAUGACUUGUGAUUGUGACAGUGCCUGACCUGAUUAAGUCUUGAACCAACAUACUACCUGACUUCAAAUGUUAUAAAUCCCCUAAUCAUUCUUUAUUUUAAUCUAAAGAAGAAACUCGAUGUGUACAUUCCCGUAACAAGCAGCCAAAAAAGAAACUGUCCCAGAAUCAUUUUUUAUCUUUUUAAAGUUGAUAACUGUUGUUACUUAUGUUACUCAUCUUAUGUAAAUGUCCUUCAUUUAACUUAACAAUGAGCAAUGUGCAUACAAUAUGUAUUUGUAUGUUCUCUUGUCUAUAGGUGUACAUUGAACUUGUAAGGUAUUAGUGUUGUGUUAUUAAUAUGAAUGUUGUUACUAAAGUUUAUAUUUAUUAAUGUG